AAAAAUAAAUAAUCGUUGAGAAAACCUGGACUUUCCCUCCUUUGCUCAAAGCUAAAGAAACCAACUAUUCUCCCUGCCGCCUUUCCAUGAUCAAGAAUCCUACUAAACCCACCAAUUUUUUUUUAACUUUUUUUCCUUUUUUCAAAGCCUUAAAUAUUAUUUUUUAGCUUAAUUAUCAUCUGGGUAAUUGUCAGAUUUUGUUAAUUUUCAUUUUUUGUGUUUUUUUUUUCCAUCUGGGUUAUAAAAAAUUCAACUUUUGUUUUAAUUAUUGUUGUGAUUUUAUUCAGUUUUUGUUUUUUUUAGCUUAAUUCUCAUCUGGGUAUCUUUCAAUUUUGUUAACUUUUCAUUUUUUGUGUUUUUUUUUUCAUCUGGGUUAUCAGCAAAAAUUCAAUUUUUUGUAAUUUUAUUCAGUUUUUGGUAUUAAUUCAAGAAAAUAUUAUCUGGGUUUUGUUUGGAUUUGCUUUUUGUUGAAGUUUCAAGAUUGUUGUUAUAUGAUUUUGUGGUGGCAAUGUUGAAUAAUUUGGAGGAUGGAGGAAAGAAUUUUGGGGGUAAUGGUAGAGGGGGUAGUGGGGGUGGGGGUACAAGGUCAUGGGGUACUACAGUUUCAGGUCAAUCAGUUUCUACUAGUAGUAGUAUUGGGUCACCAUCUAGUAGAAGUGAAGCAGCUAUGGCUACACCAGCAAGUGAUAGCACUUUUCUUAGGUUGAAUAAUCUUGAUAUUCAUGCUGAUGAUGCUGGAUCUCAAGGGACAGCUGGGAAAAAGAAAAGAGCUCAGCGCGCUACAGGAGGGGAUAAGAGUGGUAGAGGACUCAGACAGUUUAGCAUGAAAGUUUGUGAGAAAGUGGAAAGCAAAGGAAGAACUACGUAUAAUGAGGUUGCAGAUGAACUUGUAGCUGAGUUUUCUGAUGCUUCCAAUAGUCUUGCAUGCCCAGAUCAGAAACAAUAUGAUGAGAAGAACAUCAGACGACGAGUGUAUGAUGCUCUGAACGUACUUAUGGCUAUGGAUAUCAUUUCUAAAGAUAAAAAGGAAAUACAGUGGAAGGGUCUUCCACGAACUGAUGCGAAUGAUAUUGAGGAGCUAAAGACUGAGCGUCUUAGCUUGAGAAAUAGGAUUGAAAAGAAAGCAGCCUAUUUGGAAGAACUAGAAGAACAAUAUGUAGGGCUUCAAAACCUCAUAAAACGCAACGAGCAGUUAUAUGGCUCAGGCAAUGCUCCUAGUGGUGGUGUGGCUUUACCGUUUAUUUUAGUGCAGACCCGUCCUCAUGCUACAGUCGAAGUGGAAAUAUCAGAAGAUAUGCAGCUGGUGCAUUUCGACUUCAACAGCACUCCGUUUGAGCUGCAUGACGAUAAUUAUGUCCUCAAAGCAAUGAAAUUCUGCGGAAGACAAAAUGAUGAUGUCGUCGCAGCACAGAAUGUAGCAGCUGCUGAUGGAGGUGAAGGUUCCAGUUCCAGUAUGGCCAACAUGUUUCAACACCAAAUCCCUCAUCCAUCAGCGCCGAACACUUCUGCUAGGAUUCCGACCUCGCCUCCUGUCCCCGGAAUACUAAAGGCUCGCGUCAAACACGAGCAUUAGUCUGUCAGCUUCUUUCUUGAUCAAUUACUGUACUCAUUAACGCGUAGUAUCGCUGUACAUUAUGUGUAAAGUAUUUUUACUGGAAGCAGCCUCUCUGUUCACUACUUGUUUAGAACCUUCUGUCUAAUUUGGAGAGAGGAUAGUGGUAGAGUUUUUGAUUUUUUACCAAGUUUACCUUUUAGGUAUCUAUUAACUGUUUCAUCAAAAUUGCUAUGUGUUUUGGCAAAUCAAAAACUAAAGCCUGUUUGGACACAA